GGAUGAGGAUGAGGAUGAUGAGGAUGAUCUACAUUCAGAACACUGAGGCUGUGAUGAAGACCUGAAGUCCUGUGACUGGUUCGGUUGGUUUCUGCUGACCGGGUUCGGAUMAGACAGGUGUGUUGAAGCCCCUCCCCCUCCACCACCGGACUGUUGCGCAACUCAGAGGACGGUCUGCUGUGACGUCACGAGCUUUUGGAGCCUGMUCAGGUGUGCACAGACGGACGGAGCUCUGCAGACCCGCUGCUGAUCUUUCACCUCCUCCCACCUGAGACACGCGCGCUCUGUGACGUCACCGGGGGUAGGAAAGCCUCAGAGCGAGGCUCGGUUCGCCAGAGAGGCGCUGAACGGGUCCGGGUCCGGAUCAUUAUGGCUCUGAGCGGGAAGGUGGCUCUGGUAACCGGAGGAGCCCAGGGCAUCGGCAGGGCCGYGGUCCAGUCCCUGCUGCAGAGCUCAGCUAAGGUGGCGGUUCUGGACCUGAACCGGACCUGCGGGGAGCAGUGUCAGAAGCAGCUGGACUCAGAGUUCGGAKCGGGGAACUGCACCUUCAUCCAGUGUGACGUGUCCAACGGAGACGCUCUGACAG